UUUUUUUUCUUCUUGUUUCUUUCCCCUUGUGGAUUCAGGGGCUUCAGGUGGUCACUCACACAGACAGAAACAAGCUUGUGCUUCUGCUUGUUUCUCCUGCUCUGGCUCAGUGCUGUUCCAGCUUUGUGUGCCCCCUCAUCCAACUCUCUCCCACUUCCUCUCCUCCUUCCCUGGCCGCUGUGUGUGAUGGUGCGUCCCCUCCUCUCGGUACUGGAGACAUGCCUGUGCAGGAAAUGGCGGUGAGUCCUGUAAAGUCCCUGUACUGGGAGCAGUUCCCCCCCAUGUCACAGCGCCGUGUCUACUGCACUCCAGUCUACCACGAGGGCCUCCUCUACGUGAUGGGGGGCUGCAGUGAGACCGGCAUGCCCCUGGACAGUGUGGAGGUCCUGGAUGUGGAGAGCCAGACGUGGAGCCAGCUGCCGCCGCUGCCCACCGCGAGGGCAGGGACCUCAGCUGUGGCGCUGGGGGGCCAGGUGAUGGUGCUCGGUGGAAUGAAUCAGCAGCAGACUCCGCUGGCUUCUGUGGAGAUUUAUCAUCCUGACGAGGGCAAAUGGGAGAAAAAGGCCAGCCUGGGUCAGCCAUGCAUGGGAGUCACUGCUUUGGAAAAAGAUGGAAAGGUGUACGUGUUUGGAGGUAUGGGAGCCGACACGACACCUCAGGCUCUGGUGAGGGUUUACGAUGCAGAGAAGGACCAAUGGCAGCCGUUGACCUCAAUGCCAACACCUCGGUAUGGAGCCACACCCUUCGUAAGAGGAAACAAAAUCUUCUUGAUGGGUGGACGACAGGGAAAGUUGCCGGUGACGGCGCUGGAGGCUUUUGACCUGGAGACGAAGAGCUGGACACGUUACCCCUGCAUCCCGAGCCGGAGGGCCUUCUCCUGCUGUGCCACAAAUGAGCGAAGCCUCUUCAGCCUGGGGGGCCUCCAGCAACCAGGACCACAUAACUUCUACUCCAGACCUCACUUUGUCAGCACCAUGGAGGAGUAUGAUCUAGAUCAAGGUAUUUGGAUCAAACCCACCCGGACGUCCAGGAUGAGGGAGAAGAGGGCCGACUUUGUGGCAGGCUGCCUGGGAGGAAGAGUAAUCGCAGCUGGAGGUCUAGGUAAUGAACCGGCGCCGCUGGGCACAGUGGAGAGCUACAACCCGGUGAAGCGGCGCUGGGAGUAUGUGGCACCCAUGCCCACUGCACGCUGCUCCUCUGCCCUUUUGCAGACUAACAGCAUGCUCUUUGUGAUCGGCGGGGUCGCCCAGGGACCCAGUAACGCUGUGGAAGCCCUGUGUUUACCAGAAACAGUGUGACACAUGCACACACACGAUUACACACAGGAAUAAAUGCAAAACAGCAGUGAUAUUUUUAUCCACGUAUGUGCAGAAACAGGAAAGAAUCACAUGAAUUGGAUUCCACAGCUGGCACUUAAAUACUUUUCUACCUUUUCUGUCCAACUGAAGGACUCCUCUCUUGCACUGGGAUGUAAGAAACAAUUUUUUUCACAUUCAACAAGCAUUUUACAGACCAGAGGCCGCAGAGACAGUUUGUGACAGAGACGGAUUCAGGAUGAAGGACUUACAAGCCGACUGCUGCAACUGGCAAGGACGAAAAACUGACAAGCUUUUCUACACUGGGGAAAACAUAGGAAGUCAAAAUAAUGAGCAAAAAAAAACAGACGCACGUACACACACAGUGUCUGAAGAAACAACACGCCUUUGAACUGUUGAGCAUUUUUCAGUAUAAAAGCAGGGUACUUUUCUGGAUAAUAAAGGAACAUAGGGCCAUAUCUGAAUCUCAAACGCAGCCUGCUGCGACAGAAAGCCUGGACAUUUUUCUAUGACUUUACAAACAACUCUUAGUUGGGAUUAAGUCAGUGACGUUUUGGGAAUGUGUAUGUCUGAUUUCUUUUCGUUGCAGUGUUGUAUACGUGAGGUUUAGCACUGCUAUCAACAGCUAUAGUGUCAACAACAGCGACACAUUCAUACAUUAACACUGCAAGCAACUGAAGCGACUUCUUGGCAUUUCCUUUAUUUGUAGAUGGAGAAUAGUUGACUGUGGUUGAACUUGUCUUCAACUUCACAUGCUGUACAUUUAUCCACCUGUGCGACAACUUCAGCAGCACAACAGUUAAUCCCUAAACAGUGCUUUACCCCGCAGCACAGCGAUGCAGUCACUCGUGCAGUGAAUGCAGACUAACUCAUACCUGCUGAACUGAAGCAUCCAGACAGACAAAUGAUAAUCUAAACAUCACAUUCCUGACACGUCAUAUUCCUCUUGAGUUUUAUGAUUGACGGCUGUUUUUUUUUUUUUUUUUUACCUCAGCUCAGUGCUAGUCUGAUGAUGAUAGGAGGAGCAUCUGGAGAUUAUGAUACAUCAGUAACAAUUUGAAGCAAUUGUGUUUCUCUGUUCAAUUUGCC